GGGGUCCUGGGGUUUGUCAAGACAGAAGUGGUUUCAGAGGAAGGAUCCCCGCAGGCAGACCAUCUAAUCCUCUGGGAGCGGCUUAGGGGAUUUCUUUUUCUGGCACCUGUUUGCCGCGUCCGACUCCCUGUGCGUCCCUCCGUAACCCCGGGCUGGGAUUUAGCCUGAGCUGUGUCAGCUGGGCUCCCGGGGGCUCCGGGUGUGGCCCCCAGUUGUCCUUGUACCGGACUGGACGCCUCCUGUCCCUAGAGCCGGGACCGGGCACAGGCCAAGGUCAGCGGGUCAGGCCCACUCUGGACACAGGCUUGGAGGGCUAGCCUAUGGCCCCUGGGCCCUGAGCGGUGGGAGGGGGGCGCUGGGAUGGAUUUCGGGUCCUUGGAGACGGUGGUGGCCAACUCGGCCUUCAUCGCCGCCCGGGGCAGCUUCGAUGGGAGCAGCGCCCCGUCCCCCCGGGACAAGAAGUACCGGGCCAAGCUCAAGCUGCCGCCGCUCUCCAAGUGCGAGGCCCUGCGGGACGGCCUGGACCUGGAGUUCCAGGAUCUGUGCCUGGAGCAGCCCAUCGGCAAGCGGCUUUUCCAGCAGUUCCUGAAGGCCGACGAGAGGCACGAGCCGGCCCUGGAGCUCUGGAAGGACAUCGAGGAUUACGACAUGGCAGAUGAUGACCUCCGGCCACAGAAGGUCCGGGCCAUCCUGGCCGAGUACCUGGACCCCCAGGCCAAGCUUUUCUGCGGCUUCUUGGACAAAGGGACUGUGGCGAAGCUCCGGGAGGGGCCCGUGGCCAGUGGGGAUGGGCUCUUCCAGCCCCUCCUGCAGGCCACCCUGGCCUACCUGAGCCAGGCCCCGUUCCAAGAGUACCUGGGCAGCCUGCACUUCCAGAGGUUCCUGCAGUGGAAGUGGCUGGAGGCCCAACCCAUGGGGGAGGACUGGUUCCUGGACUUCAGGGUGCUGGGCAAAGGUGGCUUUGGCGAGGUGUCGGCCUGCCAGAUGAAGGCGACUGGCAAGAUGUACGCAUGCAAAAAGCUGAACAAGAAGAGACUGAAGAAAAGGAAGGGGUACCAGGGUGCUAUGGUAGAGAAGAAGAUUCUAGCGAAAGUACACAGCAGGUUUAUAGUCUCUCUGGCCUAUGCGUUUGAAACCAAAACUGACCUCUGUCUGGUGAUGACCAUCAUGAACGGCGGCGACUUAAGGUACCACAUCUACAAUGUGGACGAGGACAACCCUGGCUUCCAGGAGCCGCGCGCCGUCUUCUACACGGCCCAGAUCAUCAGCGGCCUGGAGCACCUGCACCAGAGGGCCAUCGUCUACCGGGACCUCAAGCCCGAGAACGUGCUCCUGGACAACGAAGGCAAUGUCCGAAUCUCUGACCUUGGGCUGGCUGUGGAGCUGAAGGAAGGGCAGACCAAGACCAAGGGCUAUGCAGGGACCCCAGGUUUCAUGGCCCCCGAGCUCUUGCGGGGUGAGGAGUACGACUUUUCCGUGGAUUACUUUGCCCUGGGUGUCACGCUGUAUGAGAUGAUCGCGGCCAGAGGACCCUUCCGAGCCCGGGGAGAGAAGGUGGAGAACAAGGAGCUCAAACACAGGAUCCUCUCGGAGGCGGUCAAGUACACAGACAAGUUCAGCCAGGCCAGCAAGGACUUCUGUGAGGCGCUGCUGGAGAAGGACCCGGAGAAGCGUCUGGGGUUCAGAGACGGGACUUGCGAUGGGCUCCGCGUCAACCCCCUCUUUAAAGACAUUAACUGGAGACAGCUGGAGGCUGGGAUGCUGAUACCCCCCUUCAUCCCAGACUCCAGAACUGUCUAUGCAAAGAACAUCCAGGACGUAGGGGCCUUUUCCACGGUCAAGGGUGUGGUCUUUGACAAAGCGGAUACAGAGUUCUUCCAGGAAUUUGCCACCGGCAACUGCUCCAUUCCCUGGCAGGAGGAGAUGAUCGAGACGGGCACCUUUGGGGAGCUGAACGUGUGGCGAGCCGACGGGCAGAUGCCCGACGACAUGACGGGGAGCACCGUGGAGGACGCUGCCCCCUCCUCCAAGUCAGGGAUGUGUCUGCUUUCCUAGAUGUGGAGGAAGGGGUGCCUCCCGCAGCUGGCACGGAUGAACACGGCUUCGUGUGCCGGAGAGCCCACCGUGGUGACAGGCAGCUCCCUGGGCCAGGCUGCUGAUGUUGCUGCGCUGCUCACAGCUGGGUCAGGAGAUGGGAGGCCCAGAGCCACCAGGCUUCCCAGCCCCGGGGGUCAGGAGCUCCAGCUUGUAAAUAGUCCACUUCUUUUGUCCCAUGUCACUCAAAGAAAUACACAGCAAUGGCUCCCAGACAGAG